AUGGAUUACUUAAAAAUAUUUGUCAACUCAGCCAAUCAAGAUCUCCCUCACACGGGAAAUCAAAAUGAAGAAACGGAUCCAGCCACUUACGCAACUGCUUCUGCUCCGAUGGAAAGCCCAAAUGCAGGUAGCACAACUCUCGACAGCGAAGAGUGUCACCAUCCAAGUAGCUCAGACUUUGAUGCAGCAUGCCAACCGGAAUCUCCAGCACCUGUGGCUUGCAACGAUUAUAACAAUCAUCAGGAGAAUCAGCAUCAGCAAAAUCAGCGUUCACUAACCAGUUCAUCAGGCUUACAAAUGAAAGCAUCGUCGCCGACAUUGCCGAAUUCGUUGGAUCGAGAAGCUGCUAUUGAAAAAAUGGAGAAUUAUUUCAGUCGCAACGUUAAGCGGUAA